GACUUUUCUGGCAACAAGUAACCCUUUAGAAAGCAGUUUCUCGGAUAAGAGCCAAGAGAAUUUGAUUAGCUGGUGUGCAGAGAGGAAACCAGUGAGAUACAAAACUGGAAAGAUAUAAAGGAAUGGAUUGAAUGAAAUUUGAAUCUCCAACACAGGAAGAAAAAUCGGUUCAAGUGGGACAAAUCAAGUACCUGACAUCAGCCCCUUUCCUUGGCUGGUUUGUAAAUAUUUGAACCACACUAUGGGAUUGCUAGACAGACUUUCAGGGUUGCUUGGCCUGAAAAAGAAGGAGGUUCAUGUUUUGUGCCUUGGGCUGGAUAAUAGUGGCAAAACAACAAUCAUUAACAAGCUUAAGCCUUCAAAUGCUCAAUCUCAAGAUAUAGUUCCAACAAUAGGAUUCAGCAUAGAGAAAUUCAAAUCAUCCAGUUUGUCUUUUACAGUUUUUGACAUGUCAGGUCAAGGAAGGUACAGAAAUCUCUGGGAACACUAUUAUAAAGAUGGACAAGCCAUUAUUUUUGUCAUUGAUAGUAGUGAUAGAUUAAGAAUGGUUGUGGCCAAAGAAGAACUUGAUACUCUUCUGAAUCAUCCAGAUAUUAAGCACCGCCGAAUACCAAUCUUAUUCUUUGCAAACAAAAUGGACUUAAGAGAUGCAGUGACAUCUGUGAAGGUGUCUCAGUUGCUGUGUUUAGAAAACAUCAAAGAUAAGCCAUGGCACAUUUGUGCUAGCGAUGCCGUGAAAGGAGAAGGGCUGCAAGAAGGCGUAGACUGGCUUCAAGAUCAGAUCCAGGCUGUGAAGACAUGAAAAGAUAGUAUUCGGAAACCUCAACGAUUGUCAAUUCAAGGAACAUGUCUUAAGGCAAACUGAAUAUGUUAAAUAUUUUUAAAGAUGGUAGUGUAUUUUAAGAACACUUUAUAAUCUGCUUGCAUUUAUGGACUGAAUAAACUUUAUAAGAAUAUAGGACUUCAUGUAUGCUAAUCUGGCCAUUAAUUAUAUGAAAAUAAAUCCUCAGAAGGGCUCACCAGAAUUUUCAACUUGGUAAAGAUCUACACUUGAGUGUAAUGAGAAUAUUUAAAAUCCAUCUCAAUAUCUCAACAUGAAUUAUUAGAUCUUUAAUGUAUUUUAUUUUUUAUUGUCUUCAAAAAUGUUGGUUUAUAGUAUGGCUGCAGUGUGCUUGUGAAAAAGAACUUUAAAUAUAAGGGACCAUGGAUAAUUAAUGUAUAUUAGAUUUUUACUAAAUGUCACAUCAAUAAAGCAUAAAAUCUAAUGUACCAACUAGUGUGCUUUGUUUAUGCUGAAAGAACAACGCUAUGUUAAUAUUGUAUUUGGUGUUUUACUGUUAGACACUUGCCAAUCUGAGACCAAGUUACGCAGAAGUUAUUUAUCCAGCUAAUAUUUAUUGAGCAUCUCUGUACCUGUACUAGUCUGGCAUCAUCCUACACAAUGGUGAAAUAAAAAGUAAUUAAGACAUA